CAUUUUUCGUAUUAGGUCCAAGUUGCCUGUAUAGGUUAGGUUAUUAGCUGCCAGAGCAAUGGGAUGUGAUGGAGGCACAAUCCCACGUCGAGAUGAGUUGGUGAAGACGAAGAAGAAGCCUGAGCAAAAAGAUAAAGAUUCUGAACUUCGCUUUCGAUGGAGACACUGUUCCAUCAAACAGGAUGCUCUUCAAAAACCUAUUGUGACCUGCGAGCUAGGCCGUCUCUAUAACAAGGGAUCAAAUCUGCUCUCUCCCCAGGUGUCAGUGUUGGAGAGUCUCUUGGACAAGAGUUCAAUGCCUGUUGGGAUUCAGCAUAUUCGCAGCCUGAAGGAUGUUAAGGAACUGAACUUGACAGAGAAUCCAGAAUGGGUAAAGAAAUCUCAAGUGGAGAAAGGAGAUGCUUACAUUGACUCCCACCUAUCUCAAUACAUCUGCCCUGUUGUGGGCAUUGAGAUGAAUGGGAAGUACAAAUUCAUCUGUUUGUGGUCCUGUGGAUGUGUCAUGUCUGAACGAGCUCUGAAGGCUGUGAAAACCAAUACAUGCCACAAGUGCGGGAAGUCAUUCACUGAUGAGGAUGUUGUGAUAUUGAAUGCUGUUGACGAAGAUCUGGACCUCAUGCACUCCAAGAUGGCAGAGCGCCGGGAAAGGAUGAAGAAGGCCAAAGGGGAGAAGAAGACAGAGGCAAAGAGUGAUAAGAAACGAGCAGCAGCAGAUGCUUUUGCUCCUGGUACAUCCAAAAUGUCCAAGAUGGAGAAAAAGGAAUCUUUUGGAUCAAGUGUGGAGAAGAGUGGCAUCACAAAAGUCUUGUCUCGGGAUCCUGCAUUUGAAAAAGUGAAAAGUUCAUAUAGCAUUGCAAAAGACCCUCAAGCAAGUAGCACUUAUAAGUCACUCUUCACAAGUCAUCCAGCUGCACAAACCCAAGAUAAGGCUCAUUGGGUUACCCAUAAUCCAUUUUAUAACUGAAAGAAAGAAAAGCCAGAUUCUUUGUUGUUUUAAUUGAAUGAAUGAAAGCCAGAUAAUUAGUUGUUUUCAUUGGGUGAAAGAAAAGCCAGGUACUUUGUUGUUAUUGACAAGCAAAGGCUUCGAUAAGGGUGGUCUCAAUUUUUUUUAUUUCUGAGCUUUUUAUAUAUUUUGACUACAUAUUUUAUGUUCAUCAGGUUUUUUGAGACAGGUCUUGUGAUGUAUUAGACAUGCAAGUUUAGGCAAAAACUAACUCUGUAGUAUUUGAUAAAAAGUUUGGGAAGUCAAGGCAAAAAUACAGUCUACAAAGAGUCUCAACUUUUUUCUCUUGAAAGUGGCUAAUUUUUCAGAAAUUCAAUGACUGAAAUUUGCCCCUUUCCAUCAUUUGCAAUAGUGAACAGCACUAUUGAACAAUGGGGCAACUCUCUCGUUAGACUGUGAGCAUUCUAUGCUUAUGUGAAAGAAAAUUAACCCUGUGACAAUUUUCAUUCUUCAAGGAAGGACAUUUAGUC